AUGUUUCCCUUGAAGAUCAGUCAGAUUGUUCCUACUGGUCAGAUUGUUGGCACAGGUCAGAUUGUUGGUACAGGUCAGAUUGUUGGUACAGGUCAGAUUGUUGGUACAGGUCAGGUUGUUGGUACUAGUAAGAUUGUUGGUACUGGUCACAUUGUUGGUGCUGGUCAGGUUGUUGGCACUGGUCAGACUGUUGGUACUGGUCAGAUUGUUGGUACUGGUCACAUUGUUGGUACUUGUCAGACCGUUGGUACUGGUCAGACUGUUGGUACUGGUCAGACUGUUGGUACUGGUCAGAUUGUUGGUAUUGGUCAGACCCAAAGGCACACACCACAACUGUUGCUGGAAGCACUAUGUUGCAGGGAACACAGAUGA